AUGUCUCCCAUCAAGGUAUACCUCACGAGCGCAAUCCGCGGUAUCGGAUUGGGACUUGCCACCGCGCUCCAGGAACUUUCCGCCAAGUUUCCAGGCAAAGUCGAAAUCCUGAGGCUCGUCUCAGCAGACGUGCAGAGGCACAAGGACGUCGCAAAUUUAAUACAAGACAAGCACGGAUACGUCGACGUCGUCAUUGCAAACACCGUGGGUCUCUAUGACCAGCUAUCAACGAUUAUAGCGGUCCCGUCGGCGAGAUUCCAGUCGACAUAUUCCGCAGACACCUUGAAGUCAACGCCACAGGGGUCAUCGUUCUCUUCCAAGCCGUCCUCCCUCUCCUCAAAACGAGCAAGUCGACGCCCAAGUUUAUUCCCAUCGCGUUCCAUCACGUCGGGCGGGGGAAGCUUGACUGCGUACAUCGAUCAAUCGUACGAGAUUGUCGCAUAUGGCGCGUCGAAGGCUACACUCAAUUACAUCACCCGGAGAAUCCACUUUGAGAACGAGUGGCUUGUUGCUUUUCCUCUGUCUCCCGGAGUCGUCAAGACAGACAUGACGUAUCAGGCCCGCGAAAUGGAUAAGAAGGGCGAGAUGGCAAAACUUCAAGAUCAGGUCUUCAUCUCCGUCGAGGACGCCUCGGUAAUGCUCGUUAACAUCAUCGACAUUGCGACUCGUGAGAAGGAAGGGGGUGAACUUGUAAAUGUUGAUGGAGGCAGGAUCCCCUGGUAA